AUGGAUUCGGAAGAGGAAAAACAGCCAAUUGUUGUUAUUAAAAUUGAUCACAUCAAUAUCUUUGGCGAACCGCAAUAUAUGCGAGUAUCGACCGAUAUACACGAUGAUCGUACUCAUUUUGAUAUAAAUGUGAAACUGAUCCGCGAAUUGGGCAGUAACUUUCUAUUCCUGAAUGUACGUUUGCGUGUUAAGGCCCAAGGAGCAGAUCAUUUUGUACGCAUGGUGGAAUGGAAACGUUUGGACUUUUGUGGUUUUCUCACUGAGUAUAACACCAACGAGGUGAUGCGAUUCAUGUUUCGAAAAUCGGUGCAGUGGAAAGAGAUUAUUGGGUGUCCUGUGCGAAUUGGAAACUACACGAUUCACAGCAUAAAUGUCGCUGACAGUAUGUAUCCGGCAAACUUGCAGAGUGGCAUAUAUAAGUUUUUUGUUGAAGUAGUUGAGGGGAAUGGUGAGAUAGCCAAAGUAUUUGCCAUGCAGGUGACCACAAUGGUAAAUGUGACCCAAGAAUAA